AUGUUCUAUUCCGAGUCCCUGCUCCAGAAGAGCGGGCCACUUGCUCGCAUAUGGCUUUCCGCCAACCUCCAACGCAAGCUUUCAAAGAAACAUGUGCUCCAAUCGAAUUUAGCCGAUAGUAUAGCGAUCAUGAUCACACCGAGCCAGGUACCUAUGGCUCUUCGCUUGAGCAGUCAGCUACUACUUGGAGCUGUUCGCAUCUACCAACGUAAGGCACGAUACUUGCUUGAUGAUUGUGACGAUACUUGGAUUAUGAUGCAGAUGACUUUCCGACCAAGCCUAGACCAUGAUCUGCCCAUCAGUCUUCAACAUCCCGACCCCGAAGCCCUUACAAUCCCCAAUGAAGUGAUACCUUAUAACGGCUUCGAACUCGCCCCUCCUCCGGACGCAAACUGGCUCCUGUCUCAGAUAGGAGAUGUUGGUGUGGUCCCAGUCAGCCCCAAGCGCCGGGCUACACUACGUGACAUUACUCUGCCAGAGAUUUUGACACCGAGUCAAUACACUGGGAUGUAUGAAGAAGCUGUGGUGCCUACGGAGGGUGUGGAUCUCGAGCUUGACUUCGGUAUCGAGAUUGGUCGAGAAGCGCCAGCCCCUCGCCCGUUUGAGGAGGAAAUGGUGAGCGAGCUGGAGCCAAGGCCAGCCGAGAAGGAGGGCCCUGAAAUCGAGCCAACCUUCGAGGAAGGACUUGGCGAACUCCCGAUAGGGGUCGAAGAGGAAUUUGAGUUCCAUCCAGCCGACAUCACUGCCCCUCCAAUCCCCGAAUCCCCGCUAUCUGAGAUUAGUGAAGAGGUUGUUCAGCAAAUCGAGGAGGAGAUUCCCUCGCUCCGACUGUCUGAACCUCGCGAACUUGAGGAGGAGCGUCCACUAUUACGGCGACCUGAGCAGCGUAUCAGGAGACGGAGGGUUAUGGCACCAGAUGAGGAGAUUACCCUCUCGAGCCGCCAAAUCCAGCACCAGCAGACAAACCACGAGGCAAUCACCAGACCCACGAGAUUCUAUCCUCGAGACCCGCUCCUAGGCGCCUUGAUAGGCAUGCAAGCAUCUGGUGGCUUUGUCUCUUCUAUUAUGAUGGAAGGACGAAGUGUUGCUUGGGCCCCUGAGCUUCGAGGAGUCCUUUCCUUCGAUGCUGUUCAAGAAGCGAGACAGCUGGCACGGAAGCGUCCGGCUAGGGAAUUUGAAGUCGAAGUUGAACCAGAGCAAAGAGUCUCCAAGUCGCCACGGCUGGAAAUUGCCGAGGAGCCAGUAUUCGAAUUUGGAGAGGGUAUUGCGGAGCCAAGCAUCCCCGGCGAAGAAACCAUGAUGGAAAUCCCACCCUUUGAAGCCAGUCCUCCCCCUCCCAGCAUCCCUGCUCAGCGACUACCAAUCCCGACAACCACCGAACAUGCCGUCUACGCGUUGCGAGACCAGUUCGUCCCCGAGGCUGCGAUCAGCUCCGAGGUUCGGGAAAGUACCUCUGUCAUCUUCCAAGACUUCGUCCCUGAGCAGCAAGCCACCAAGGCCGAGGCCGCCAAAAUGUUUUUUGAGUGUCUGGUGCUUGCUACCAAGGGCGCAAUUAAACUUGAGCAGGGGCCAGGCCUGGGAGAUCCUAUCCAGGUAUGGGCAAGGGAGAGCCUUUGGGGAGACUUUGCUGAGACGGACACGGGUGGCGAGAUGAUAGAAUAG